GUGCCUGGAGCUUCAGCUGCCAAUCCAAGCCAGCCUCAUCAACCUCAAACCACCCCAGACCUGCAACUGCCCCGCCGCGACAUCAAUAACCACCGGCCGUCCUUCUUGCCCAGCGCCCGCUCAAAGCACUUUUGUGUUCGGAUAUACCCAGCACUCAAUUCGAAUCUCGACCCCACACUACCGCCAAGAUGUUUAUGGCAAGAUCAGAAUACGACCGGGGAAUCAACACCUUUUCCCCGGAAGGCCGCCUCUUCCAAGUCGAGUACUCCCUCGAGGCCAUCAAGCUCGGCAGCACGGCCAUCGGCGUGGCCACUUCAGAAGGCGUGAUCCUGGGCGUCGAGAAGCGAGUGACGUCGCCGCUGCUCGAGACGUCGUCGGUCGAGAAGAUUGUCGAGAUCGACCGGCAUAUCGGCUGCGCCAUGUCGGGCCUGCAGGCCGACGCGCGGUCCAUGGUCGAGCACGCCCGCGUCGAAUGCCAGUCGCACGCCUUCAACUACAACGAGCCGCUGCGCGUCGAGUCGUGCACCCAGGCCAUCUGCGACCUCGCCCUGCGCUUCGGCGAGUCGGCCGACGGCGAGGAGAGCGUCAUGAGCCGCCCCUUUGGCGUCGCCCUGCUCAUCGCCGGCUACGACGAGGACGGGCCGUCGCUCUACCACGCCGAGCCGUCGGGGACCUUCUAUCGCUACGACGCCAAGGCGAUCGGGAGCGGGAGCGAGGGCGCCCAGGCGGAGCUGCAGAACGAGUAUCACAAGUCCCUCACCAUCGCAGACGCCGAGACGCUCGUGCUCAAGACACUCAAGCAGGUCAUGGAGGAGAAGCUGGACGCCAAGAACGUGCAGCUGGCCAGCGUUACCAAGGAACGCGGCUUCAGAAUAUACACGGACGAGGAGAUGGCCGCCGUGGUCGAGCGCCUGCCAGCAAACUAGGCGGCUAUGCGAGGCCCUAUGGGUAGGGUGCUCGAGAUGAGAGAGCAACGGGCGCGAACAAGAAAAUAGACAAAGGGGAGUUACGUGAUAUCAAACGUCUCAGAGCCUUGCCUUGAGCGUGCUGAUGCCCCAAACAGUCGAGCCAGGCAAAAACAUAAGACAUGGCGAUGAAUAAUGUUGUAAACCUUUCAUGGUUGACCUGUUUCCGUUAUCACACCCUCCUCCCUCUU